GUCCACUUCCCCGCACCGUUCAUCGCAUCCUUCGCGUCAAUCAUGACAUUCUCAACUCAUCAACUCACUUCACUCUCUGUUGACUUGUCCCUCGGUCGUCACCUCACACCACUUUGUUUUCCUUCUUACCAUCCGACUCAACACGGACAUUGACUGUUCACUUCUCUCACGUUCCAACGACCUCUGCCCACAAGCGGAUACAGAAUUGGGGGCCGAAAAAGGAACCAACGUGUCGAUGUCCUCAAACCUCACUUGUCUCCCUUCUUCACACACGGGCAACAUGGAGGCCGUUACGACUACACUCUUUCCGUCGUCUUUCGGAAGCCCGCUGGGCCAAUCCAACCACUCGGGAUCUCUUCCUGUGGAAGAGAGGUUCCAUUGAUUCCGUUGCUGAGAAGAGCAUCAUCUCACGCCCAUCAUCACCAGACCCAGAGAGAUGCCCAUCGCCUAUUCGUUAUGCCGCGUCUGUUGUCGGCCGUUCGACCCCUCAGACGACUUGCCUGUCCAGCAAACAGGCGCAAGCGCUCGCCUCUCCCACAUCAUGGGACACCCAUUCCACCUCCUUGCCAUUAGCAGUUGGGCCAAGGAACCAGGGAGCCAGGAAGCCAGUGAGCUAGGGAGCCAAGAGUCGAGACACUGUCCUCCUCUGCCACACCGGGUUCGACAGAUUGCGCCCCAAGGUACCCGUGGAUGGCGCCCCCGGGUGUCGUGCUUGCAAUACCGUUCUCACAAAGUGCCAUCUGCACUGUUGGCCGAGUCAUCAUGCUCUCCCAAUUGAUGAUGGUUCUUCUUGUGUACGGAUGGGUGCCAACUCCAAACUGAAGAGGCACGUCUCUUAGGAAGAGCAAAGAGGGAUAUCCAUGAGUUAACCAGCUGUCUAUCCCCUGCGGAUUGGCUACCGAACAUGUCCGUCAUGGCACGUUCUUGACAGGGCAAUGAGGUCUCGGGUCUUCUUGACCAGACCCUUCCCGCGCAACGGAGACCGAGGAGGCUGCAUGGGGGCCAUGGGCAUUGCUGUUGCUAAACCCAACAGAGUCUCUAGCCAACAUUGUCCCUCGCGAGCUCGCACCAACCAUCCCGCCAGGGAUUCAAAAGGGGGGGG